AUGGUGAAUCUUGUGGAAGCACAAAAACCAUUGAUGCAUGCUCUAAUGAAAAUGGCAGGAAUAAGACCCUACACAGUAGAGAUAGAACCAGGAACCAAAAUGAGUUUCUGGGUGCCUUCAGAAACCAUAACAAAACCAAAGAAAAAAGAGGAAAAACCCAAACUCAUCGCAAAACCCACCAAGCCCGUGGUUGUUCUAGUCCACGGUUUCGCCGCAGAAGGAAUUGUUACAUGGCAGUUUCAAGUUGGCGCGUUAACAAAAAAGUACGCUGUUUAUGUUCCAGAUCUUCUGUUCUUCGGAGGUUCUGUCACAGACAAAACAGACAGAUCACCGAGGUUUCAAGCGGAGUGUCUGGCAGCAGCGUUAAGGAAACUGGGUGUGGAAAAGUGUAUUCUUGUUGGUUUUAGCUACGGCGGAAUGGUGGCGUUUAAGAUGGCGGAGAUGUUUCCUGAGUUGGUUGAAGCUAUGGUUAUAUCAGGAUCUAUUUUGGCUAUGACUGAUUCCAUUAGUGUUAGUAGUUUGCAAGAACUUGGAUUUUCUUCUUCUUCUGAACUUUUGUUGCCAAACUCUGUGAAAGGUCUUAAAACGCUUUUGUCUAUUGCUGCUUAUAAAAAGCUUUGGUUUCCAAAUCGUUUGCACAAAGAUUUUCUUGAGGUGAUGUUCACUAAUAGAAAAGAGCGAGGUGAACUAUUAGAAGGGUUAGUAAUUAGCAAUAAAGAAAUUGACAUUCCAAAUUUCUCACAGAGGAUACAUCUUCUAUGGGGUGAAAAUGAUCAAAUUUUCAAAUUGGAACUUGCUCAAAAUAUGAAAGAGUAA